AAGAGCGGGCCGCGACUUCGCGCCCCUCUUCGCUGUUGGCGUCGGUGACGGUGCAACUACCCCUCGGUCGUCCCGGAGCCGGGUUCAUCCGACACCCAAACCGUGCGCCCCUGUGGCUCAAGGUCGCCGCCAUGCCUCCUAAGUUCGACCCCAACGAAGUUAAAAUCGUGUACCUCAGAUGUACUGGAGGUGAAGUUGGUGCGACUUCUGCUCUGGCUCCCAAGAUUGGCCCACUGGGUCUGUCUCCCAAGAAAGUAGGUGAUGACAUUGCCAAGGCUACUGGUGACUGGAAGGGCCUUCGUAUCACAAUCCAGCUGACUAUUCAGAACCGACAGGCACAGAUUCAAGUUGUCCCAUCAGCUUCUGCCCUCAUCAUCAAAGCCCUGAAGGAACCACCCAGGGACAGAAAGAAGCAAAAGAACAUUAAGCACACUGGCAGUGUCACCUUCGAUGAGGUAGUUAAUAUUGCCCGACAGAUGAGGCAUCGUUCUCUAGCCAGAGAACUUUCAGGAACUGUGAAAGAAAUCCUUGGAACUGCUCAGUCCAUCGGUUGCAACAUUGAUGGCAAACAUCCUCACAGUGUCAUUGAGGACAUCAAUGAGGGAAGGAUCGAGUGUCCCACAGAAUGAGGAGGAAGUGCCAGAAAUCAAGUUUCCAGCAAAGUGAAAUAAAAUAACCUUUUGAGAUACAAA